AUGUCUCGGCCAGGUACCACACUUUAUGUCACUGGCUUCGGACACGGGACUCGAGCUCGCGACCUUGCCUACGAAUUCGAACGAUAUGGACGUCUGGUUCGAUGCGAUAUUCCUGCGCCUCGUACGCCUUCCAGCCGACUCUUCGCUUUUGUGGAGUACGAGAGCCGCCGUGACGCAGAUGAUGCAUAUCACGAGAUGCACAAUAAACGUAUCGGCCGUGAUGACCUCCUGAAGAUUGAAUGGGCUCGGACUCCCCCUUCGGCGUCCUGGCGCUUUGACUCAGGCCGUGACCGUCGUCGUGAUCGUACUCCUCCUCGCCGUGGACGUUCGCCAUCUCCACGUCGCGCCCGUGGCGACUACUCUCCCCGUAGAGACGACAGGUAUGAGCGGGAUUACGACCGACAUGACCGUGAUUAUGACCGCCGGGAUCGCGACUAUGACCGCCGGGAUCGUGACUAUGACCGCCGGGAUCGCGAGCGCUCUCGUGACCGUUCCCGCAGUCCCGAUGAGAGAGAUCGCGACUUGAAGGAUGACAGGGAGCGCCGUGAUGAUGAGCGGGAGCGUCGCGAAGAUGAACGAGAAAACGGAACCAAUGGCGAUGAUAGGAAAGUUCCCUUAGAUCCUCUGACUUCUGCCCAUGAUGAGCUUGAUACUGCUGAGUAG